AUGGGCGCCGCCCUGCUGCGCGUCUCCAAACUCCAGGACAAAUGGCGCGUCAAGAUCAGCAAGGUGCUCGAAGCCAAAGACAGCAAGCUGCCUGUCAAGGGCAAGUUGAAAAUGUGGGGUGAGAAAUAUGCCAUGUUUAUCUUGCCGUUUGUUACGGUGUUGAGGGAGGGAAUCGAGGCGGUGCUCUUCAUAGCCGGCGUCGGCCUCGGCCUCCCAGCAACAUCCUUCCCCCUCGCCGUCCUCUGCGGCCUCGGCGCCGGCGCUCUUGUCGGAUACAUGAUCUACAAGGGCGGCAACAAGACGUCUCUGCAGAUUUUCCUCGUCAUCUCGACGUGCUUCCUGUACCUCGUCGCCGCGGGCUUGUUCUCCAAGGGCGUGUGGAACCUCGAGCAAAACGCCUGGGUCAAGCUGGCGGGCGAGGGCGCUGCAGAGGCAGGUGCCGGGCCGGGAAGUUAUGACAUCCGCAAGAGCGUCUGGCACGUAAACGGCGGAUGGGGUAUCUUCAACUCGCUCUUCGGCUGGCAGAACAGCGCGACGUACGGCUCUGUCAUCUCGUACAAUCUCUACUGGGUCGUUGUCAUCGCCGGCUUCCUGUUCCUGGGCUGGAAGGAGAGCAAGGAGACUUCGAGCGCGAGUGAGGACAUCGCCAGCGACACGUCCAGCGAGCAGAAGAACUACACAGGCAAGAAGACGAGCGAGGAGGGUGGUUUGGUCGGGACUGCUGUUAGAGAAGUACAGUAG